AUGAAAUACUUCGCUGUUUGCUUCUUCGCUCUGGUGGCUGUGGCUGCUGCCAAGCCUGGUCUUCUGGCCGCCGCUCCUCUGGCCUACACGGCACCAGCUGUGGUGGGAAGUGCCGCCUAUGUGGCACCUUAUGCCUCCAGCUACACUGCCCACUCGGUGGCACAUAGCGCUGCCUUCCCCGCUGCCUACACCGCUCCGAUUGCUGCCGCUUAUACCGCACCUGUUGCCGCUCCCUUUGCCGCUGCCUACACCGCUCCAGUGGCACGUUUCGCCUCUCCCUACGCCGCUGCCUACACUGCUCCCUUUGCCUCGCCCUAUGCCGCUGCCUACACCUCUCCCUUGGCCUACAGCUCGCCCCUGGCUGCUCCAGUGGCCGCUGCCUACAGCGCUCCUCUGCUGCUGAAGAAGUAAAUCC